AUGGAUCCCGAUGUGGAGCACCAUGGAUCCCGAUGUGGAGCUCCACUGUGGCCCGAUCUGACCUGGGAGCGACUAGAUCCGUGUGUCUCCGCCUCACUCCGCGCGCCUCCAUGGUCCGCCGUCUUCCCGAGCGCCGGUGCCGCGCUCAGCCGCCGCCGUCCCGUGCCAUGGUCGCCUCCCUCCAGAACGAUGUGCCAUGGCCGCCUCCCUGCCUCUCCCGCAAGUGGGACUCUGCACCCCUGGCCUAGCAUAUUAAUGGAGGGCGCUGCCGACGUCGGUUCAUGCCUCGGUGCUCCUCACAUUAACUCCCAGCACCCGUACAUGAGCCCCAAGGCACCACGCGAUUCCGGCAGCUCCAUUGGGAAAGCACCAAGGACAAUUUCGCUUCAAUUUAAUGUGAGCUCAAUCCUCAAAGCUUGCACAUGGAUCCCUUAUAGUAUGCAAUCAAGCUUGAUGAUAAAAUCUUGGAGAGACACUAGGUGCCAGGUUGGAGAUUUGGGAUCGGAUGCGCCAAUAACAAGGGACCAAGGUGCUGAACUAAUGGGUAAUGGCACGGACAGAAUGAUUCUUCAGUCUUUCAGUCAAGCUCUAGUGAAUGAUGACGGAGAAAAAGAUAUCGUGACAGAGGAGGAUGUCUUCUUGCGUCCAACCCUAGAUCACAGGGGCUCUCUUAUCAGCAAAAUAGCUACUCUAGAUGCGCAGAUGACGAUCGCAAGAGAUCAUAUCUUGAGGAUAAGUGAAUGA